AAUUGAAAUGUCGUUUGGUAAAAGGACCUGUACGUCAAGUCUGAAAAAAUUCCCUUUUCUUUUCAAUUGAAAAAUACCUCCGAUUUGCCCACUCUCUCACUCGCAAUGAUUGCGUUCUUCUGAUUCUUCCCAAUUUCACAAAUUUGCAUCUCUAAGAUUCUCUAAUUUAUUUUAAUAAUCCCUCAGAUUCUCCCAAUUUCUGAAUGUCCAGAAUCUGAUUUUUGUCAUGAGGAAAAAACUCGACACUCGCUUCCCUGCGGCCAACCAUUAAAAGCUAACUCAUUCAACCUUGUUUGAAACUGUUGUGGACAUUGAGGCCUUAUCUCAAAGAAGUAACAGUUGGGAUGCGCCAUGAAAAACACACCUAGUGCACGGCUGCACGCGUGCAAUGGCCUCAUAAUGAUGGCUGUGGUAGCAUUGUUCUGGCAGCCAACGAAGGGGAAAAGAGUUCUAUAUUGCAGAGGUGGCAUUUUUACCACGAGGGAAGAUUACCUCAAAUCAAUCAUAUCAAGUGUGCUAACCUCCUAAUCACUGUUCUGAAAUGGCACUACCACAGCCAACUAUUUGUCUUAUUCUUUGUUUUUUUUUGGAGUUUUGUGAAGACACACUAAGUACAGUUUUCUGUCCGAAUUACUUAGGUAACAGAUGGUGAUAUUAUCACUUUGUCAUAGAAAAGAAGGGGUGGAUUAUCAUUGUGACAGCCUGUCAGCCCAUAGCAGGUGCAUUUUGCGACAAGAAGCCCGGAUCAAGAAGAUUAUGCAAGCUGAUGAGGAUGUUGGCAAGAUUGCAAUGGCAGUGCCUGUUCUAGUGUCAAAAGCCUUGGAGUUAUUCUUACAAGACCUUUGUGAUCGGACAUAUGACAUAACUCUUAGAAGAGGAGCAAAGACUGUUAAUUCACUGCAUUUAAAGCAUUGUGUACAAAGCUACAACGUGUUUGACUUUCUUCGGGAAGUUGUCAGCAAGGUUCCUGAUUAUGGCCAUUCUGAUGCUGCCGGUGAAAUGCCAAAAAGAAGGAAAGUUGCAAUGGAAGAACAUCAUGACAGUGAAGAUGAGUUCAAAAGGAGCAGGACGGAGACGUGUCAUGCUAGCAGUAGCGGUAGGGGAAGAGGUAGGGGUAGAGGAAGAGGUCGUGGUCGAGGGCGUGCUGAUAGGGAGCUCUCACGGCCUGAUAUGCAACUUGAAUCCUGCACAUCUCUUCAGCAGAGUGGUCAGCAAAAUCCAAACCCUGGAACUCAGACAGAGAGCUGCGCAGAACCGAAGGGAUCACCUAAACAGGAUUCCAUUGCUUGUGACAGGGAAAGUUCAGUUAUAACAACUCCUAAUCUGAAGGUCAACGUAGAUGAAAGCGUUGAUAAAUCAGCUGCACCAGAUAUAGCAGCCUGCAAUGCAUCGCCAAGGCCUGCCAAUGAGAAAGUGGAGGAAGGCCCCCAAUGGUCUCUCGAGAUGGAGAGAAUGGUUAUCGACCCUACCCAUAUGUCACACCUGAAUUCAAGUUUGGCGGAGGAGGAAGAAGAUUAUGAUGAAGAGUAGACAGAUAAAAUAACAAACAAAUGGCCUAUUCGGCAUAUGCUAUUUAUUUGGUAGCAAGUUCCUAUGGGCCCUAACAUAAAGGGCAUGAAUCCCUCUGCCUCCCUUUGUGAUUUGUUGCAGUAUAUGUAUUUCUUAGUUGUCUUUGCGACUCCAGUCUUGUAAUGGUCUCUAACCGUUUCCUCUUUCCAGUAAAAAUAAGUAGGAAAUGUGUGUUGCUCCAACCAGCACUCCAUGUACCAGUUACUGUAUGAAAUAGCGAGGGAGAACUAGUUUGUAUCUUUAUUCGAUUUACAUAAUAUUAGUCCUUGACUUCUGCUGAAAA